ACCGGUCCUCCUCCCCGGUUGGAUUAAUACGCCCGGCCUUCGUCCUUUGUCCGUAUAGCCUUCGUUUCCAAAGGGAGCGAUGGAGGUCAAGCUCCGCACGGCCAGAUCGCUGGUGAAGCGGCUGAAUUCGGCGCCGGACGGCGACUCGGCAGCCGAGGCCAUCGCCGAGAUCCGCCUCAUCACAAAGCACGACCCGGAGAUCCGCUUCCCCCUUUCUGACUCCGGCGCCGUCCCCCUCCUCGCCGCCUAUCUCCUCCCCGGCGGCUACUCCGCGGUCUCCCAGGAGAACGCCGCGGCGGCGCUUCUUAACAUCUCCAUCUCCGCCCGCGAGGCCCUCAUGUCCACCCCGGGCCUCCUCGACGCCCUCGCCGCCGCCCUGAGCCUCCCCUCCAGCUCCGCCGCCGCCGCCCAGCACGCCGCCGCCACCGUCUACAGCCUCCUCUCCGUCGACGCCUACCGCCCCAUCAUCGGAUCCAAGCGCCCCCUCGUCGCCUCCCUCAUCGCCCUCCUCCGUUCCCCCAACCCCCCCACGCGCACCAUCAAGGACGCGCUGAAAGCCCUCUUCGGUAUCGCCCUCUACCCUCUCAACCGCCCGGCGAUGGUCGAUCUCGGCGCCGUCCCGGCGCUCUUCUCCCUUGUCGUCAAGGACGGCCGGACCGGCGUCGUCGAGGACACCACGGCGGUUAUAGCCCAGGUGGCGGGGUGCUACGAGAGCGUCGACGCCUUCCGGAAGGUGGCCGGGGUUAGGGUUCUGGUGGAUCUGGUGGACGUCGGCACGGGAGCGAGCGUGCGGGCGAGGGAGAACGCGGCGGCGGCGCUGCUGAACCUGGUGAUGAGCGGCGGAGAGAAGGCGGAGGCGGACGUGUGGGAGAUCGAGACGGCGGAGGCCGCCAUCCGGGAGCUUGCCGGCGGCGACGCCAGCGCCAGGGCGAAGAGCAAGGCCGAGUCGCUGCUUAGGGUUUUGGAGAGCAGUCGAAGGGGACAACUCCACCGAUUGGCCGAUUUCGACACCAAUUCUUCGCCGUCGCCCCUUUCUUCUUCCUCCGCCACUACCACGGUUAAUAAUUAGAUCAGUUUUUUUUUUUUUUUUAGAGAUUUAGACUCUGGUGAUUAAUUAAUUUCCAUUCUUUUGGGGGUCUAAUUACUUGUUUAUAAAAUGUGGCAAUGGGCUUGUACUAGUUUUAAUUUAAGGUUUUAUAGGACUUGCUAAUCUUCCAUCCGAUGGAGAAAAUCUGUAAAUAGAUACAUUGAGACGAUAUGUAGGUUAGAAGCAAUUCAUGUAAUUUUUGCUUUUAUUUCUUUGAUUAGAUAAGUUGCGAAUAGUUUAUCA